AUGGCGGAACUAUUCGCCCUCAUCAGCGGCGCCGCCGGCGUCGUCUCCCUCGGCCUCACAGUGUGUCAAGGCCUGGUCGCGUACUACGGACCCUUCACGACCUUCAGCAGCGAAACCGAGAACUUUCUCACCAGAGUCAAGGGUCUCAGCGCGACACUCGAGCUGCUCCAGUCGAAAUUGAAUCACCUCGAGGGACAAGCUCCGUUGAACCCGUACAUCACCGAUGAGCUUCAACUCGUCACCGACCGGAUCAACGACUGCGGAGGCGCGCUGCAGAGUCUCUCUGACGCCUUAGCCGAAUGUCAAGGAUUUAAUACAUCGGGAAUACUGAAGAAAAAUGGAUGGAAGUUCGCAAAGACGCUGUAUCCGUUCCGACGGGGGACGAUUAUCGCUUUGAUGGCCAUCAUGACGGGGUUGCAGUCGAACCUGGAUAUUGCGUUGCAGGUUCUGCUUUUGUGA